CUUGGCUCGCGAGAUUUUGCUGUUCCGCAUUUCAGGUCUGCGGGGUGGGGGAAGCGGGAGAGGCGGCCUCCGCGGUCCGCAGCGGCUCGCAGCGGCUCUGACCCGGCUCCGAGCCCGGCUUCCGCUGUCCGCGAGCCGAGGGACUGUCCGCUGCCUCUCGGUUCCCGCGCGGGUCCCGAAUCCUGACCGGGGCGGGGGCCAGCGGCCCCUUCCCCGCCUCCGAGGACCGAAGAUGAGCUUCCUCUUUAGCAGCCGCUCUUCUAAGACAUUCAAGCCCAAGAAGAAUAUCCCCGAAGGGUCUCAUCAGUACGAACUCCUAAAACAUGCAGAAGCGACUCUGGGAAGUGGAAAUCUGAGGCAAGCAGUUAUGUUGCCCGAGGGAGAGGACCUCAAUGAGUGGAUUGCUGUGAACACUGUGGAUUUCUUCAACCAAAUCAACAUGCUGUAUGGAACUAUCACAGAAUUCUGCACAGAAGCAAGCUGCCCGGUUAUGUCUGCAGGCCCCAGGUAUGAAUAUCACUGGGCAGAUGGUACUAAUAUUAAAAAGCCGAUCAAAUGUUCUGCACCAAAAUACAUCGACUACUUGAUGACCUGGGUUCAGGAUCAGCUUGAUGAUGAAACUCUUUUUCCUUCUAAGAUUGGUGUCCCAUUUCCCAAGAACUUCAUGUCUGUGGCGAAGACGAUUCUAAAACGCCUCUUCAGGGUUUAUGCCCACAUUUACCACCAGCACUUCGACUCUGUGAUGCAGCUGCAGGAGGAGGCCCACCUCAACACCUCCUUUAAGCACUUUAUUUUCUUUGUUCAGGAGUUUAAUCUGAUUGACAGGCGUGAGCUGGCACCUCUUCAGGAAUUAAUUGAGAAGCUUGGAUCAAAAGACAGAUAAAUGUUUCUUCUAGAAUGCAGCUAUCCUCUUCCUUCAUCUACUGCUAGAGCUAUCUCAUUGCUAUUUGUUGUAGACUAGUGAUACAGACUUUAAGAAGACAGGAUAAAAGGACAUCCUGUAUGUGUCUGCAGUAAAACUGUCCCAAAGGUAGGUUGUCCAGGAGCUUCAGAGACCAUAAGGACACAGUCAGGUCAGAGGCGCUGUGUGAGUACUCCUGUUACCAUCCGAGUCACACUUGGUUGUAACAUGUGAUGACCAACCCAUAGUUUAUUAGUUUACUUGGUUUUUUUACUCACAAAAAUUAUUGCAUCUGUUUCAAGUGUCAGCAUAAUGGAUAGUAAGAGUUUUUGCCAUUGACUUGUUAAUAAGUUUCCAGAACAAAUUUCUUAAUACAAUCAGAUUUUUUUUUUCUGCUUUUAUUUUAUUAAAAGAAAAGGUAUUUUUAAGUUUGCUUAAGAUUUAGAACUUCUAGGUUGGGUGUGGUGACACUGUAAUCCCAGCACUUGGGAAGCUGAGGCAGGAGGAUUGCUGUGAGUUUGAGCCCAGCCUGGGCUACACAGUGAGACCCUGUUUAAGUAGAACCUGUGUGUCACUUUGGAUAACCAUUUAGUUUCAAGUUUGUAUGCCCAUGUUUUUAUAGAUAAGAGUAUAUAUUUUUUAAAAUUCAUGAUUGCAGUUUAAAUCAUGGCAUAUGGGAGUAACCAAAGUUAUUUUUAAAUUGGUUUUAUUUUUAAUCUUUCUUUGGGAUUGUAUUCACAUCUGUCUAAAUUAUUAGGAGUAUUCAUAUAUCAGAAAUAAUAUUUUUAGGCUUCUGAGGGUGGUUUGUAUGUUUUCAUUUUAAAUUUUUUUUUUUUUUAAUUAAUAUGUAGCUUUUGGUUGAGAAAAAGAAAGCUAAAAAUAUAUGACAAACUUAGGUCUCAAAGCCACUAUUUUCAUUCACAUUGUUUUUAGAGGCCUUGCAGUUUCGGUAAGAUUAAAGUAUUCAGAGUACUUGUCUAUUUUGUUUCCUAUAAAAAUUACCUCUGUGGUUUUUGUGUUUUGGUUCUGGGGAUGGCGAGGCAGGGGCUCUGUCCCACAGCUGCAUCCCAGCCCUUUUAGUCAGGUUUAGGUUUCCCAGUCUGGCCUUGAACUUGUGAUCUUCCUGCCUCCGCCUCCAGAGUAGAAUCUUAAUUUCAUACUGUUAAUAAAGGAUAGAUUGAGCUUCCA